GUUCAUUCAAUAACCGUCGAUGGGAAACUGAAAAUCACCAUUGCGUUACAUAAUAAUCAUACAAAAUAAAUUGAUUCUCUUAAAAAUAUAAUAGAGAAUAUAUUACAGGGUAGGAAAAAAGAUUGAGUCGAUUGAGAUUGAUCUCAAAGGUAAGAAUAUUUGAACAUGGCGUUGAAAUUGAUCCGCCGGCUGUCAAUUGAUUCGACCUUCAGCCAUUUGAGCCAUUUGGGAGCCACCGCCCGCCCGAGACGAUCGUCUUUUGCAUUGCUCGUACGAACAUUCGCCGCUGUUGCCGAGAAAAUGGGUUUGCCACGUGUUUUCUUCGAUAUGAAUGCGAACGACAAGCCUGUGGGUCGAAUCGUGAUGGAGUUAAGAAGCGAUGUUGUCCCAAAGACCUCCGAAAAUUUCCGUGCCCUUUGUACUGGUGACAGGGGCUUUGGCUACAAAGGAAGUAGCUUCCACAGAGUGAUUCCAACUUUUAUGUGCCAAGGUGGCGAUUUCACCAAUCAUAAUGGCACUGGUGGAAAAUCUAUUUAUGGUCAAAGAUUUGACGAUGAAAACUUUGUAUUGAAGCACACCGAACCUGGUAUUCUUUCUAUGGCAAACGCUGGUCCAAAUACUAAUGGUAGCCAGUUUUUCAUUACCAGUGGCAAGACUAGUUGGCUCGAUGGCAAACAUGUUGUAUUUGGAAAGGUUGUUGAAGGAAUGGAUGUAUUUAGAAAAUUGGAGGCAAUGGGAUCUGAAAGCGGGAAGACUUCAAAGAAGAUUGUGAUAGCUGACUGUGGAGAACUGUAGAUCGUUCAACUAGAUACUGUAAUAACUGCAUUUUUAUUUAGCUGUUGCGCAUACAACUGUUGCUGUCUUUAUUAUAUGAUACAUUCAUUCCAGUCGUCAUCUUUUGUCUUCAAUGCUAUCAAUUUAAUUCUCUACGUAAAGAAGUAUACUUUAUCAAGUUGAAACAACAAAUCACUUGCAUUAUGCUAUUUUUUAUUAUAAAUAAUUGACGUUUAAGUACACUGUGAGCUAGAAUUUAUUACCAUCUUUUUCCAGAAAUAAUUGUUCAAUUUCAUUUUUAUUCUUAUCUCUAAUAAGCAGCACACAUCUUGUAUACUAAAAUGGAAUAUGAGACAGUUAAAAAAAUGUUAGAUCUUCAUUCUUCCAUAUAAUACUCCUCUUUUAAUGGUAUUAAGUGGUAUGGCACAUUAGAAUGUACAUAUAUGAAAAGUGCAUUUCAUAAAAUAAUUGUUUGUGUGUAUACUAUUCAAAUUUCAAUAUCUGUUAAGAAUAAAAUUAACAAGCAUUUAAAUUUCUAAAGUCCACGAGUAGUGAGUGUUACAUAAUUAUUGUACAAUGCGAUUCCUCUGCAAAGUUACAAUAUUUUAUCUUAUUGUGUAGAUUUUAUCUUUCUUUUAUAUGUAGAUCCAUGAAAAGUAUGCUCAUAUAAUCUUGAACAUUUUAUGUGUAUACACCUUUUUCCCCUCAGGACAGAAUGAUUGAUAACAUGCGUUUGAUUAAUCGGAAUUGUAAUGUCAGGUAAUGCCUCUAGAUUAUAAUUCUAUCUUACACUGAUGUAACACCAACGUUGAACGAAGGAUGUAGUUGCAACGGAUUUCUAUAAAAUAAAAUUGUUUUCAGAAGCAU